AAUGGAUGGUAAACUGACUAAUUUGGUAAGUGAGGAACUGAAGAAAUUAGAUGAAGAUCUUCAGUCGUUUUCUGGUCUGAUCGAGUCUAAUUUGGACAAAAUUUUGGACGCUAUCCGCUAUGAAAAGAGCACAAAUGAAGCAUUCCGGAAGAUUAUUUCUGGAAUGAUCGAGGUGCUGCCGAAUACUCCACUACGAAGGGUUUCUGAAGAGUGCAGAGAAAUCAUGAACAGGUUAACUCGCAACCAUAUUGCUCUACAGUCCCUUGAAGGCAAAAUGGCGCGUGUGAAAAAGGAAUGGAAAACUUUGGAUUGUAGUUCUUUUGGGGAAUAUUUCUCAGAGGAAAAUAUGCGAAAGAUGUUGCAAAUGGAUUCUGACGAGAUCGACGGAUUCUGGAAAAAAUUGAUGUCCCAAAAUGCAAUUUCAGGCACUGAAACUUCCAGUGGCAGUCAGGAAUCAUGUUUUUCUUCUUCAGUUUUGGAUUCCAUUAAAACAACCCCAGAAGAAAAAUUUAUACAAGGUUCAGCUUUGGGAGUAAAUAUCCUUGCUGAAGUUGCCGCGGGGGAUCCUGAAAACGAGUGUCUAAACACAGCUAUUGCUGCUGAAAACAUCUCGCAAUCUAUUUCUACUUCAAAUUUACACAUCUAUGAAGAAUCGUGUGCGAACUCUCGUAAUGUAGUAAGUCUUUCGGCUGUCUCAGAAGAUACAAACGUUUUGAUCCAAAAGCUAUCUCUGGAUUCUUUGGCUUCCGACUUGAGCAGACAUUUAUUGCGCCAGGGGAGCUCAAUUGAAAGUUCCCUCACAACUUCCGGUUAUCAUAUGUUGACUUGCUCUGCACAGAAAAAUACUUCUUCAAGGUGUCUAAUGGCUCCAGGUGUUGCUGAAAGUACGCAAUUGUCCGACCAGCAAUUAUUAGACGACUCGCCUCCUCGAAGCAACUUGGUUUUACCGGAAUCACAGUUGCCUGAAAACUUAAAUGCGGAAUUGGUUCAUUGUAAAAAGAAAGAUCUGAAACGACAGGAAACAAGUUCGGAUGGAAUUUACGAUGAUGUUCUCAUAGCAAACAUAGGGGGAAUUGAGGUAAGAAGUGGUAGCAGUGUGUUUGCAUGGCGCAACAAAAGCAGCAGUUGGGAAAGGGCUGUGCUUAACUCACUUGUCUCACCUCUCGAUCCAGACAAUGAUCCAUGUCGCUACGAGGUGACAUUGCGGAUGCCCCCUUUUGAAAAGGGAACUGUAGUCUCCUCCCAAGUGGCUCUAAACUGCAGCUGUGACCGUGACUCAUUCAGAGUGGGCUUCAGAGGUCUAGCUAAAGUAGACAGAAGAGCGGAUGAAGGACCUGCCAGUGAUUUGUCGACUUCUUCUCGGAGUGAAUUGUCAACUGGCGUUAUAAUGGAACUGCCCUCUGAAUACACAAGGGAAAGAUUUCUUGUUUACCUGGAUAACGGAGAAGCCGCCUACGUUGCAGACGGAUGUCUCUUCCAUUUAUUCGCAGAGCAAAAACCGAUGCACCAAGUGUGGUCUGAGUGCAAAAGUGAAGAGGGAAGGCAUUUCCUCAAAACUUUCUUCCACUUUUGGCCGGAUAGAGUACGUCUGCAUGAGAACCAGACUAGGUGUGACUCCAUGCUGGAAAUUGUGAAAGACAACUGCUCGUACACUGCUAUGAUCAAAGCCGUCGAUUGCAGUCUAAUCAAAGUCAUGUACAUGAACUCCCUUGAUAUGAGCACAGAGUGGAUCUUCAACGGGUCUCUUUGCAUAAAAAUUGUCCAAGAGAAGAUCAAUCGCAUCAUGAGGAGCAGGCCUCCUCCAAUCAGUAUCAUACCUGGCGUAAACAACUUGCAACUCCCUUUUGUUCCACUGAAUAUGUUCUCAAAUCGACAUCUAGCAAGUAACAACAACAGUUACAAUAAUGGUUACUUCAAUGUACCUGACUUUUCAAGCCGCCGCUGGCAAUUUGGAAAUGGAAUAUCUAUGGCUAUUAGUGAUUACUCAAGACCAAGAUCCGACAGAUUUGGUGUAUCGUCGAAUGAUAACAUUCAAGUUCAAAAUAACAAACCUGUAGGAUUCCAAAAUGUCACUACGGAUUCUUUCUCUAACUCAACUGAUCAACACAAUGGGAACUUCGGUAGAAGACUUCUAGACGAUUCGCUGGAUCAGUUUUUGCUCUUCAAAGGUGGCCAAGAGUCCGAAUACACACACGUGGUAUCGACGCUGACACCAGACGCUGCUAGCGAACGAACGUAUAGUGUAUGUAGCACAGUGUUUACCAAGUCGAAGCAGAAAUCAGCCGACGAUACUUCAGAGUGCAGAACUCUGGUUGAGUUAGCUUCUGGAACAGAAUGUAAAACUCUUGUUGAAGUAACAUCCGGAACUGAAGCGAGUGAUUUAAAUAACAACCAGCUGACCCUGGUUCAAGCAAGAGCACUUGUCUACAAUUCACUUCUUCCAUUUGAGGAGAAUUUAUUUGAAAAACACUUAGUGUGUUCGCCUAGUUGCAUCUCCAAGUUCGAUAAAAUUUUCUCCAAUACUUCGGAAUCUUUGCUGCUCGUACCUAUCAGAAAUGGCUUUCAGAGAAUAAUUCUAUGUGAAGCUGAAUUCUUUGACGAAGAAGUUUUGAAGUUCGAUCCGUAUGCCUGCUGGGAAAGUGAAAAAGUAACCUAUAAAACACCCUGUGGUCUUAUGCUACGAAACCCUGAAGAGAUUGGAAUGUAUUUGAGUCAGACUGAAAUGAAGUUACCAAUUGAUUGCUUUUCAUUUGACCCCGAGCUGUAUGAUCUUUUCGAGUCUACUGACCUGUUGAAGUGUACCGUAGUGUCAGAUGAUGUUUCGGAUGGAGUGGAAACGCUUCCGAUAAGAGCGGUUAAUGACAUUGAAAAACGCAGUUCAUGUACCGUGCCCAUUUUCGACAAGUAUAUUCUGGAAAAUCUUUGGAGCGCAGAUGUUGGGGCCAUGAUAAACAAUGACCCGGAAUUCCUCGUGUGCUGUGACUGUACUGACAACUGCGUAGACGUGGCAAAGUGUGCUUGUUGUCAGCUGACAGUAGAGGCUUCUAAAGGCGACAGGGACUUCCCAGAAGAAGAUACUGCAGGAUACGAACAGCGCAGAUUGUCCGCGCCACACUACUUCGGUGUCUAUGAGUGCAACAUGAAUUGCGCUUGUGCAGCUGAUGGUCGGAAGGAUCUGUGCCACAAUAGAGUUGUGCAACUGGGCGUCAGACACCGCUUGGAACUGUUCAAAACCCAGCUGAAGGGAUUCGGAGUCAGAUGUAGAGACCAUAUUCCUAAGGGUGCUUUCAUUUGCAGCUACUCGGGUGAAAUGCUGACGGAUCAAGUGGCGGACUUGGGCGUCGAAUCAUUAGGACUGUAUAUGGUCAACUUGGACAUGAUAGAAGAAGCUGAGAAGCGCAAGCUGGAAAACCAGAAGGAUAGUUGGCGCCAAACUCAAGAAGCGCCCGAUGAGCACGAUGAACACUACGAAGUAAUGGGGCACACAAAAUUCCGAACUUCGUCUUUCGGUUCUUCGGGAAGUUCCUGGGCACCGAAACUCUCAAAGGCAAAAGAGAAAGAGAAACAGCUAAAGACUACAGCUGUGAAACAGGAAAACAGAGAACAGACGGCUGAAGAAUGCUCUAAAUUAGCUUCAGCCGAAAAGCAUCAGAACAAUAGCUGCGCCGAAGAGGCGAUGGUUGAGGAUGGAAAAUUGCACUAUGAGCCUCUUCUGGACUCAUCCGGAGGAGAGGAGGUUGAUGACUACUUCGAACGGGCCAACUCCGACCAGAGCGAUGACGACGAGGAAGUAAAACAACAGCAGUCCACAGUUGCAACCGGCCAAACAGCUUGCGGCGACUCUUCAGUCUUCAAACGCGAAGAGGAGCAGGUUAUUGGCCUGCCUGUUUCAAGCUGCAACUUCGAGGCUAAUCUUCAGCACAUCGACGAUCUCUUGGCCGCCGCUGACAACCUUAUUGGAAGGCCCAUCGAAUCUCCUUCAAAUGACUCGACUAAGGCAGAAAAUGAUGCAACUACUGCUGCUCAGGUUGAAAAUAAAGGAGCUGUGAAAUUAGUGAAGCACUCUACUGUUUCUUCCGAAAAAGAUACAUACAGGGCUCGCAAUCUCAUGUUUGGAAGCAGCUCCCCCAUAGUCAUCGAGGCAAUGCACUGCGGAAACGUCGGCCGCUUUCUCAAUCACUCGUGUGACCCGAAUGCUUUUGUUCAGAAUGUUUUCAUCGACACCCAUGACCUUCGCUUCCCGACAGUCGCGCUGUUCGCUUCAGAAUCUCUGACACCAGGCACUGAAAUCUGUUGGGAUUACAACUACGUCAUCGGAUCUAUCGCGGAUGUUUCCAUCAUUUGUCACUGUGAAACGAAGUGUUGCAGAGGAAGACUGUUGUAGAAUUUUCAACUAUAUCAAUGAAAAACUGUCUAAUUUAGAUUCCACUAAUUGUUAUGGUUAGUGAAAGUACCGACAGAAAUUUUUUUUCGUGGCUUGUUUAGACUGAAAAAAGUUUUCAGAUGUUUAUCUUAGAUAGACCAUUAUUGAUGGAGGCGGAGCAA